ACUGGCUCUGGUUCAUUUCACGGUAGUUGUGCUGGAGAAACCGCGCACGAAGUAAACUUAUCCUGACUGAAAGCGUGAUUGACCACUGCACCCGUCACAAUGUCUCGGGGAUCUAUAGAAAUCCCCUUACGGGACACUGAUGAGGUGAUUGAGUUGGACUUCGACCAGCUGCCAGAGGGAGAUGAGGUCAUCAGCAUCCUCAAGCAGGAGCACACGCAGCUCCACAUCUGGAUCGCGCUGGCGCUGGAGUAUUACAAACAGGGGAAGACGGAGGACUUUGUGAAGCUGCUGGAGGCGGCGCGUAUCGAUGGGAACCUGGACUACCGCGACCACGAGAAGGACCAGAUGACGUGCCUGGACACGCUGGCCGCCUACUAUGUGCAGCAGGCGCGGCGUGAGAAGAACAAGGACGCCAAGAAGGAGCUCAUCACCCAGGCAACGCUGCUCUAUACCAUGGCCGACAAGAUCAUCAUGUAUGACCAGAACCAUCUGCUGGGGAGAGCCUGUUUUUGCCUGCUUGAGGGAGAUAAGAUGGACCAGGCUGACGCCCAGUUCCACUUCGUCUUGAACCAGUCCACCAACAACAUCCCAGCUCUCCUAGGAAAGGCCUGCAUCUCCUUUAAUAAGAAGGACUACAGAGGAGCUCUGGCUUACUACAAGAAGGCACUACGAACCAACCCUGGAUGCCCUGCGGAGGUGCGGUUGGGCAUGGGUCACUGCUUCGUGAAGCUGAAUAAGCUGGAGAAGGCCCGGCUGGCGUUCGGCCGUGCGCUGGAGCUCAACUCCAAGUGUGUGGGGGCGCUGGUGGGCCUGGCUGUGCUGGAGCUCAACAACAAGGAGGCCGACUCCAUCAAGAACGGGGUGCAGCUCCUCUCCAGGGCCUACACCAUCGACCCCAGCAACCCAAUGGUCCUCAACCACCUCGCCAACCACUUCUUCUUCAAGAAGGACUACAGUAAGGUGCAGCACCUGGCUCUCCAUGCGUUCCACAACACCGAGGUGGAGGCCAUGCAGGCGGAGAGCUGCUACCAGCUGGCCCGCUCCUUCCACGUGCAGGAGGACUAUGACCAGGCCUUUCAGUACUACUACCAGGCCACCCAGUUUGCCUCGGCGACGUUCGUGCUGCCGUUCUUCGGCCUGGGCCAGAUGUACAUCUACCGGCGGGACAAGGAGAACGCGGCGCAGUGCUUCGAGAAGGUGCUGAAGGCGUACCCCAACAACUACGAGACCAUGAAGAUCCUGGGCUCCCUCUACGCCACCUCCGACGACCAGGAGAAGAGAGACAUCGCCAAGGGCCACCUGAAGAAGGUGACGGAGCAGUACCCUGAUGAUGUGGAGGCGUGGAUUGAGCUCGCUCAGAUCCUGGAGCAAACAGAUAUACAGGGGGCUCUGUCAGCCUAUGGUACAGCCACACGUAUCCUGCAGGAGAAGGUGCAGGCUGAUGUUCCUCCUGAGAUCCUGAACAACCUGGGCGCUCUACACUUCAGACUGGGCAACCUGGGCGAGGCCAAGAAGUACUUCAUGGCGUCGCUGGAGCGGGCGAAGGCAGAGGGCGAACACGACGAGCACUACUACAACGCCAUCUCCGUGACGACCUCCUACAACCUGGCCCGCCUCUAUAAAGCCACCUGCGAGUUUCACGAAGCCGAGAAGCUCUACAAGAACAUCCUGAGAGAACACCACUAUGUGGACUGCUACCUGAGGCUGGGGGCCAUGGCGAGAGAUAAGGGGAAUUUCUACGAAGCUUCUGAUUGGUUCAAAGAAGCCCUUCAGAUCAACCAGGACCACCCUGACGCCUGGUCUCUGAUUGGGAACCUGCACUUGGCCAAGCAGGAGUGGGGGCCGGGGCAGAAGAAGUUUGAGCGAAUCCUCAAGCAGCCGUCCACCCAGAACGACACCUACUCCAUGCUGGCGCUAGGCAACGUGUGGCUCCAGACACUCCACCAGCCCACACGAGACCGAGAGAAGGAAAAGCGUCAUCAGGACAGAGCUCUGGCCAUCUAUAAGCAGGUACUGAGGAACGAUUCGAAGAAUCUCUACGCAGCCAACGGCAUCGGAGCGGUGCUGGCCCAUAAGGGGUUCUACCGUGAGGCCCGUGACGUGUUCGCUCAGGUGCGUGAGGCCACGGCUGACAUGAGUGACGUCUGGCUCAACCUGGCCCACAUCUACGUGGAGCAGAAGCAGUACAUCAGCGCAGUGCAGAUGUAUGAGAACUGCUUGAAGAAGUUCUACAAGCACCAGAACACGGAGGUUGUGCUCUACCUGGCCCGAGCCUACUUCAAGUGCGGCAAACUAGCGGAGUGCAAGCAGACGCUGCUUAAGGCGCGUCACAUCGCCCCUAGCGACACGGUGUUGAUGUUUAACGUGGCGCUGGUGCUGCAGCGCUUGGCAACGCUGGUCCUCAAGGACGAGAAGAGCAACCUGAAGGCCGUACUCAGCGCCGUCAAGGAGCUCGAGCUGGCCCACCGGUAUUUCAGCUACCUGAGUAAGUCUGGAGAUAAGAUGCGCUUUGAUUUGGCCCUCGCUGCCUCAGAGGCCAGGCAGUGCUCUGAUCUCCUGAGCCAGGCACAGUACCAUGUGGCCCGUGCGCGUAAGCAGGACGAGGAGGAGAAGGAGCUGAGGGCCAAACAGGAACUGGAGAGGGACACGCUGCGCCAACUGAUGCGCAAGGAGCAGGAGGAUAAGCGUUCUAAGGAGGUGGAGGAGCAGAAGAAGCUUCUGGAACAGAGAGCUCAGUACGUGGAGAAGACCAAGGGCUUGCUGUCGUUCACUGACGUGGACACAUCCCGCGAGAAGAAGAGAUCAGGGGGAGGAGGUGGCAGGCGUAAGAAGGGCGGUGACAUGGAUGAGUUUGUGAACGACGACUCGGAUGAAGAUCUGCCUACGAAGAGGAGGAAGAAGAGGAGAGCCAGCGGGAGCGAGGAGGAGGAAGGGGAGGGGGAGGGAGGAGAGAAGAAAUCACGCAAGAGGAGACGGAGACCUCAAGAGGGCAGUGAUGAUGAGGAAGGAGGAUCACGACAGAAGAAGCAACGCAAACCCAAAAAGAGGAUGGAGAAGGCCAAGCCUGAGCGCAUGCCUCCGUCACUCAAAGGGAAAAUCAAAUCCAAAGCCAUCAUCUCCUCCUCUGACUCCUCCUCUGAUGAGGAUGGCCUCAAGAUUGCAGAGGACAGGAAUCCACGGGGAAGUAUUUCUGGUUCUGAUGACGAGGACCGCACUCACAGGAAGCGUCUGGCGUCGGAAAGUGGCUCAGAGGUGGGGCAUAGUGCCAGCGCCCGAGGGUCUGGCCAAUCAGAAGAGGAUUCAGGCAGUGAGGUUGGGGCUAAGCGUAGGCCCCGCCCCCAGUCGGACUCUGAGUCUGAACAGAGUCGCCGUAGUAGGGGAGGGUCCAUCAGCGAGUCCCCGCCCCCCUCUCCCAGACCCGCCUCCGUGGGAUCCCCUCGCCAGUCAGAGUCAGAGGUCGAAGCGUCCAAUCACGGGUCGGACGACAGCGACUGAAGGGCCGCUUGGAACUGCUGUAGGAAUCAUGUCCAACUUUCUGCUGCCGUGUCCACUGUCAGUCUGUCACACACACACACACCCUCUUUCAUACCUGCAGAUCCUUCACACAUAUUCAUACUUGCAGGUGCUGAACACAAACAUACAUACAUACAUACAUACACACACACACACACACACACACACACACACACACACACACUCCCUAAUACCACACAUGAACACAUCUUCACCUCUUGUUUUUUUUUUGUCGUGUGGAAUUUAAUCCUGGCUCAUUUCUGAGAGAUGUCAUGAUGAUGUCAUGUCUGGGUUUAUUUUGGUAUUCUGGGGGGGGUUGUUUUUUGAUUCUGUUUAGAAUGGUAGCAGUCACCAUGAGUGGUGCCAGAAAUUGUGUUUGUACUUUUUCUUUUAAUUAAAAGAAUCUCCUGAAAGAC